UAAUUAAUUCAUAAAUCAGAUUAAUCAUGGCGAAUCAGAUUAUCUUAUUGAUCAGCGUUAUAGCCCUUUCGUUUGCGUUGGUCGCAUUCGCAUUUGAGCCGAGUCCGUUGCAAGAUUUCUGUGUCGCAGAUUCACUUAGCUCGGCAAGAGUGAAUGGGCAAGCAUGUAAGAACCCUGCAUCAGUUGGAGCAAGCGAUUUCUCCUUCAGCGGGCUCCACUUACCCGGAAACACAUCAAACCCUAACGGCUCGAAAGUGACACCUGUCACAGUAUCGCAACUGCCAGGCCUCAACACGCUCGGAAUCUCCAUGGUCCGUAUCGACUACGCACCGUGGGGUACUAAUCCUCCGCACACUCACCCAAGAGCCACUGAGAUCCUGACAGUUGUUGAAGGCUCGAUCCAGGUCGGGUUCGUGACGUCAAAUCCCGGAAAUGCCCUUAUUACAAAGACCCUCCAGAAGGGUGAUGUGUUCGUUUUUCCGGUGGGGCUCGUGCAUUUUCAGAGAAACGUCGGGAACGGAAACGCCGUUGCUAUAGCGGCGUUGAGCAGUCAGAAUCCUGGAGUGAUUACUGUCGCUAAUGCUGUUUUCGGAUCUAAUCCCGCUAUUAGUGCUGAUAUUCUUGCUAAGGCGUUUCAGGUUGAUACGAGUGUUGUCGAUCAACUACAAGCAAAGUUCUAGAAAUGGCAUCAACUGGGAAUAUUCCGUCGCUUCUGAUCAAGUUUCCAUGCUU